AUGAAAAUCGCUAAGGUCAAUUUAGUUAAUGUUGCAACAAGCAGUAACAAUAGUUCCCACCGAUGCUGUUCUGAAGUUUUCCAGGGCUUCUCAAAUAAAGCAGAGGAAGGUCCAGCUUCGAAGAGCGACGGUGUCAUCCAGAGAACCAGAAGUGGAGGAGAACGCAACGCCAACCUGGAGGACUUAUUUUCUCGUCUGAAGCAGAGUCUGUGUGAUCCAGCCCAGAUAAGCUCAGCAGGUGGCUCCGGGUGCAAACUCUGCCCCGGGGACUGGGUGCUGCACAGGGACAAGUGCUACUGGCUGUCUAAGGAGACUGGCACCUGGAGCAAGAGCCGUGACAACUGUUCAAGGAAGGGAUCUCAAAUGCUGGUGAUCCCGGACCCGGAACAGCUGGAUUACCUGCAGGCUCUCAUACCAGCUGAGGGUGCUGUUUGGAUUGGAUUAUCAUUUAACUCUACACAGAAGAAGUGGACCUGGGCAGACGGUGGCCCCGUCAAUGAGGAACGGGUCCCAGGAGUAAGACAGGCUGAAAAGAACAGCUGUGGACAGUUGAGAAAUAAGAUUGAUUUUGAAAUCUGCAGCACUGAGUUAAAAUGGCUCUGCCAGAAAGCAGCUUUCCCGCUACAGACUGCAGCCUGAAUGAUCUGCACAUUAAAGUCUGAAACAUCUACUGUAUGUUACAGGUUUACUUAUAAAUGUAAAUGUCAGAUUGCUGCACAUCUGGGGCCAGUUCCCCAGCGGGUGUGAAUGAGCCAUAGCGCCACCGGAGCAGGGUGACCAGAUGUUCCAAUUUUAUAGGGACAGUCCCAUUUUUUGGAACUUUUUCCUAUAUAGACGCCUAUUACCCCUCACCCCCUGUCCCGUUUUUUCACAGUUGCUAUCUGGUCAGCCUACACCAGAGUCAAGGGGCCAGAUCCCAGCGGCAUCUUUGAAGUCAAUGGUUUUAUUAUCCACUAAAGAAAAGCAAAUUCAGUGACCCCACUGGACCAUAAUUCCCAUAGACUUUCCCCACUCCAGCCCCCCAGGAAUAAAGAGGACACACUCCUCCCCCCAGGGGUGGUGGAACUGGGGAGCUAGUGCCCCCGCAAUGGAAAUGUUGUGAGUCUCCAUAAUGGGCACACACCUGGGAGGUGGAGGGCAAGAAUGGGACCCAGAGAGCUGGAAUGGGCCCGGGAGCCCAUAGGGACCAGCUGGGAAGCCGUAGGGACCAGCCUGGAGCCCCUUUCUCCCUCCUUCCACUGCUAAGUCUCAGCACUUCCACCCCCACCUCAUUCCCCUUUAACCCAGCUUCCUUAUAUAUGCU